CAAGGGGAAUAAUCUGUUUGCUUUUAUUAGUUUUCUGCUGGAUCGGCUGCUGCAGUAUGAGAAGGUGAACGACUCCUCGGAGACAGCGACGCCACAGCUUCCAGUGACAGUGAUGGAGAUGGCCACAAAGACACCCCAGCCAAAAAGCGGAAGUUGGCCAGUGUGAGUCUCGGGCAGUCUGGGGUGCCUCCUGAACUGGCUCACCUGAUUGGAGGCGGCGGCAUGGCAGGGUUGUCAACACAGGUGUCGGGGUCAGCUGGAGGUGAAAGUGGUAAGAAGAAGAAGACCUUGAAGAAAGGAAAACCUACCCCAAAGUCCUCGGAGCGCAAGUCAGUGAAGAGUCAGCCUGGUCAGAUGACCCGAGAAGAGCUGGAGCGCCACCUAGAUGCUAAACAGAACUCAUUCGGCAUCGAGAAGGCGCCCACGCUUCUUCCCAUGGAAAUCUUCAGCAAUGAUAACUCCAACCCAGACAGGUAUCUAUCUGCCAUAUUGGAAAGGGGAGAAAGUCUCUCGUCUGGUGGGUGUGUAAUGACGCACAGCAACCUAAUAUGACGUCGUCAACCUGCAUGUUUUGCUUGUAGCAGAGGAUUUUGAGUGACAUCAUGGGAGGGGAGGAGGAUGACACCGACCUCAUCAUCGACGUCCCCAACUGAGGCGUCAACAGCAUACUCCAUAUUCAUACUAAGAGGUCGAAACAGUCCAGUGACUUGGGUUUACUGGCAAGAAUUGUUGCCGUAGAUGUUCUUGGUUACAUCUGUACCUGUGUCCUUUGAUGGAAGGGAACGUGACAAAACAUGCUUUACCGUGGAGGGGAGUAUGUAGACAUAGGACUCAUGUGGAUGGAGGAUAUUGUGUAGUGUUCAAUGUGUUUGUUGUAGGUCUAUAUGUGCAGUAGCUACUUGUGACCCGUGAAUACUCGGCUUAGAAUUGAUCUUCAACAACCCAUGCUUGUUGUAAGAUGCGACUAACAGGAUCGGGUGGUCAGGCUCACAGUGAGUGAGUGAG